AUGCUCCGCUCCUCACUCAUCAGCUUCGUCACCAUAUGUGCUACCGACAUUCCCUCUACCUCCGGCUCCAUGCUCCACGCCAUUGCUCCAGUCACCACAAGCAUCGGCCUCACGAGCGUGCUCGCCCCUGGAGCAAUCGGUGUCACUCGCAUCAGCGCAAACGCCAACAUCCCCAAUAACUUCAGACUCCGGGUCCGGAACAACGGCAAGCACUGCGUCAUCUCGGAAGCGCUUCGAGAGCCCACCUUGAAGCCCAUCAUCGGUCGAAGCACAGUGGCGAACGCUUUCAAUGCCCGGGGUCUCAGGCCAUUCAAGUGCGUUAGCAGCGACGACAAUGGUUGCGGCUGCAGUGCAGAAUUCGCAACGAGAUAUGAGCUUAAUCGCCACUGUAAGGCUUUUCUGCAACGCAGCCGUACGCCCGACCAGGAUCCCGUCGUGGAAGCUCAAGUGCCCCCAGAUCAGCCGGUGAAGGACGUGCUCAAUGAUGAUGCGCUUUGGAGAAUACUGGCGAGCACGAUUGAGCGCCAUUUAUCGUGGGCGCCGAGUGUCACCAAGCCUCUACCAAGUCCUGAGCUCUCAUCCCUCGUCGACUUGAGUCUAGCCUCCAUGCGACGCCCGGACUAUUGCACGGAUGAGAUCAGCUUGAUGGCUGAUGACAACGCCGACACUGAACUUUACAUCAGGCUCAGUAACCAUUUCCGACGAAGGAGAUCAGGCACAUGUGGCGAGCUGAUACAAGCGAUGGCGGCGGACCAGAAACUCCUGGUGCUUUGGCACGGAAAGGACUUGAUGUAUAAAAUGCGGGCUUUUGAUCCCGCGACGCAAACGACGUUGGGCUCCGACGGCGAGCCUGGUACAGUGCGCAAAGAACUAUCGGAGGCCUGGUUCGCAGCAAGCUAUUGCAGGUCAAUACGCAGCGGCCAUACUCACAGCACUAGGGAGUCCGCUGUCUCGACCAAUACGUUACAACUCACGGCAUCCACACGAACUUCGGCGGCGACUUCGAGAGGCGUGAUCGCUGCACCCGCUUAUGCGCCAUCAGGCACAAGCGAGGGGCCUCUGAAUACCUUCAAACCAAGGCGGAACGACUUGUACUCAGCGUUCUUGUCCUCUGUUCAUACAGUGGAUAAGAACGCUACGGCUCAUGCGAGACUUGUGCCGUACAUGCAAGACUCCUACAGAGGAGAAGGUAUCUAA